AGGACCUCAAUCAAGAUUUUGUUUUUUCAGUACUUCAAAUUUCAAAGCACGCUAUCUCUCCAUUCAGAAGUUUUCAGGAAUUAUGUGGUGGUCGACAUACUUGAUACUUACUUAUAUGGUAGAAGCUCGCUAGCUUACUGCGCACCACUUCUCCACUCGUGACCAUGAACAGCAGGUGGCGAAGCAACAUCACCAGGAGCAGUGAUCUUCAAGUAGUGACUUCAUCGUGGUUAUUCGUAGUUCCCGGCUUGUUCAUCAGCAACUCCGUUUGAAAAACCAAACCAUGUCCUCCCGGCUGAGUAGUGCGAGCAGCGUCGGCGGCAACUCCAGUUCCGCCAAGUCCCAUGCCGCCCCGUCCCAUGCCCUGCUCGCGCUUCUGCCGAAGAAGGACGGGAGCACGCGCGACCGUAAUGGACAGAUCAUCCCAGCCAAGGACAACGUGCACCACAGCACGAGGGACUUGGCGCAGCGGAGGGCGAACGAGCUGUCGCUGCUACCGGAGAAGGAAACCUUUCUGAAGCCCCGUCCCAACGCGGAGAUCGUGACGGAGGAGGAUUUUGUCGAGGGGUUGUCCGCGAUCAUCGAGCGGGAUUUUUUUCCGGACCUGCCCAAGCUCCGCCUGCAGAACGAGCUGUUUUCCCUGCCCCGCGACGGGACGAUCGAGACCGAGCAGGCGCGGAUGGAGAUCGCGAAAGAGAUUCUGGCGUUGGAAAAGCGGGAAGAGCACAAGGACGUGUACAACCCGUCGGACGUGACCCGCAUCGUGCAGCGGACCGACAACGGCAAGUACACGACGCUGAACACCAAGAACAUGACGCUCGACGAGUACAACGCAAAGUACCUCUCCGAAGACAACGCGUCCUUCCGCGAGAUUUUCGAGAAGGACAUGCAGAAGAAGCGGCAAAAAGAGGCCUACGUGGAGAAGAAGGAGGAGCACGACCGACUGCAAAUCGCGCUGGAGAACAGCGAAAAACUGGCGAUCGAGUACUCCGGGGCGCAGUUCAUCGACCAGAAUCUGAAACACCUGCGGGACGCGUUCGCGGAGGACAGUGCGAAGAUCGGAAAGACGGAGCGGCAGAACAACCCGCACUGGUGGAAAAAGCACCGCAAGAAGGACGAGGAGGGGAAAGCGGUGAACACCGUGGAGACCGCCACCACCGUGACGGAAACGCGGACGCUGGAAAAAGGGUCGAAGUUGCUGAAGGAGCAGCUGAAAAUGCCGUUCGCGGACCAGUCCCGGGAGCACGUGUUUGGGUUGACGAAAGUCGCCGCGGAGGAGGAGUUUGACCCGAUCACGGAUCGACAAAACUACUUGGUGCAACAACAAAUUCAGGAUUUCCGGGACGAAUCGAAAAUGUUGGAGAACGGCGGCGGAAAAAACGGUUCGAGCACGUUUGACGACCUGGCCAUCCCGAUCGCCCCGCGCUUGGCGUUGGUCGCGCCGCCGUCGAAGAAUUCCGAGGAUUCCGAGAAUAGAAAACUGGACUUGCCGACGCCAAAAUCCCCGGGCGGCAAGCAGCUGCUGACGACCGAAGCGCUGGACAAACGCCUGGAUUGGGACGAGGGGGGAGAAUCGCCAGUGGCAGUGGGCGGCGGUGGGGGAGCAUUUAUUUCACCGCAGGGAGAGGAUUUUUCUAGUACUGGUGCAGCAGCGCCGGGUCCACAGCAUCAAAACGACAACACCGCCGGUGCAUCUUCCGCCAGUGGCGUUUUGGCCAAGAUUGGCAGCAACAAUCGAGGACAGCAAAUAAUUGCGUCAACCACUUCCACAACCGCAGGCACGAAAAAGGGCCUCGUCCAGGAGUCCGAACAGAAGCUGGAGCUGGUUUCUGCCCGCAACCCGGAGACACUCGCGUUGAAAACUCAGGCUUCUCACACGGCGAGGAACAGCCUGUACUUCAACCCCAAGGGGAUCAUCCCGGCCUCGCAUUUGCGAAGACAGAAGGGCGAGACGAACUUUUCCGGCACGCGGUUCCCGGUCCGCUCGAACUACACCAAGGAGGCCAAAGCGCAGGAGCAGAAGCGGCUGAAGAAGAUGGAGGACGAGCACAAGCUGCGUUCCCACCUGGUGAUGGCGGAGGAGGGCGAGUUUGGCGGGCCCACGGGGCGGAUGCAAAAGGACGACACGUUCAUGCACACCCCGUCGCUGGACCCCGACCAGAUGGUCGAGAACGGCAUGAUGUCGCCGCUGAUGACCUACGGUGCAAUUGCGUCCACGCCGCUCUUGGUGGACCAGCCGGUGGUGCCCACGCACUUCGACGAGAGCGACGUGAAGCGGGCGGGCGCCGCAAAGCAGGGCGAAUCUGACAACACGACGUUCUUCGUGCCGACGAUUUCCACCCACGAAAAAAAGCGCGAGCGGAUGGAGAAGGACAAGAAGCACGGGAAGCGCGAGAUGAAGGAAAAGCAGCUCCAGUACAUGCGCGACAUGGGGGUCAACGUGGUCGGCCCCGGGGAGACGAACUUCGGCUCCCAAACGCCGAUGAGCGAGGGCGGGCGGACGCCGAAUCAACAUCAUGUCGGCGGUGGCAAUAACGCUUCGUCCGCGGCGUCGGUGGUCAGCCGGUCCGCGCGGUCGAGUGGCGGCGUGUCGGUUGGGAACAGCGGGAAGCACAUCCAACUCUCCGACAAGGCCAUUCGGGCGUUGAACAGCGGGCAGCUGAGCCGACUACCCGGGCACCUGACGCCCAACUACUCCUCCAUUUUUUCCGGAGCCGCGUCCUCGUCGCGCGGCGGCAGAACGGGCGGCGGCGGGACCACCGGUGGUGGUGGGAUGAGCAGUGCGGCGAAAAAGGAGGGCGUGUCGGCGCAACGGCAGUUGGCCAAGUUCGCGCGGAACCUCGGCCAGGGGACGCCGAGCAUGAACGUACACGCGUCGUUGCGAACCCCGAGUCUGGCGACGGACAUCCCGGCUGCACCCCCGUUGAAAAAACAGAAGAUGUGAGUAGAACUACAUUGAUGUUGUCACUGUCAAGUCGUGCGGGCUGCUGCGUCGGGCGGUCCGGUGAACAAUCAACAUUCAUCAUCCUGGAGGACCGACGAAAGACCCGAGCAGGAGCGCACUAAGACCGUGACAAGGUUGUCAAGUCAAGUCGCAUUUGAAGUUCAAUUUUUAUUGAAAAUAAAGCUAUUAUUUUCUGCACUAAAAAGUAGUACAUAUUGGUCCCAGCUGCAGUUGAAUGAACGAGCUCGAAGAUGAACCCCAUCCCAUAGCGCAUGACAGAUCUAUCUAUUCCUGUACGAUUUAGAUUUUCGCAUGGAAGAAAAAAUUGAAAGUUUUUCAUAGUUUUAUCAGACUUGACUUGACUCCUUGCUCAUAGGCCCGCCUGGCAAGGAGCGAAAGGAUGACCUCUACUCUACUAUGCCCCAGAUUUUAUGGUUUCAACAUGUCAACAGCAGUUGUGUAGUCAUCAUCUAGUAAAUCAAGAAAGGCCGAAGCGACACGACCACUUGCACUUCUUUAACGACAAGCGACCUAUCCAUUGAAGGGCACUACAAGCUGCUCUUUGUAGCAGCAGAAAACGACCAUACGUCGUGCGGGCUUUCACAAAGUCAAAGCUUUGCGCACGAGCUUUGGGCUUUUUAGUAC